CGGUGUUUUCUCGUGUAGGCGUCGACUCCUGCUCUCCUUGAGGAAACUCGCCCUGACGAGUCAUAUUUUCCUCUAAAUGGGCAGCCACAUCCAAACGUCAAUAUGAUGCCACAUUUAUUCCCCGGUUUACCGUAGAUGUUAGACGGCGUCGUUCAAGAAAGGAUUAACGUUUUUGUGACCCAUUAGCGUUAGCAUGACAACAUCUGUGAAUGCGCCGGAGCAGCUUCAGUAAUGAGACCGAAAUUCAGACCGACUCGGCCUUGAUACUCUCCGCCUCUUCAAGGAGGCCUGUUUAUGUCCACAGUGUGAGACCCCUGCAGCAUUUUGCCACUUCCUGCAUCCCUGCUUGGUUCUUCUUGGCCGGGUUCUGUGGUCAUGUCAAGCCCUAGCAGCAGUCCCGAGAGAGAGGGAGGGGUGGUAACUUCUGUCCAACUUGAGAAUCUCACAUCUCCUGCUGGGUUGGAAACCGACCCUGCAUUUGUCAGCAGUCCAGUGCUCAGUCCAGACUCCAGUUCCCAUGAUGCCGUGCUCUCCGCCCCGGCGGCCUCCCCAGCUGAUUCAGAGAACCUCAGUCCAGAUGAGCUUGAGCUUCUGGCUAAACUGGAGGAGCAGAACAGGCUGUUAGAGGCAGAUUCAAAGUCCAUGCGCUCCAUGAGUGGAUCUCGGAGGAAUAGUGGCUCCUCUCUCGUAUCAAGCUCAUCUGCAUCCUCCAACCUGUCCCAUCUGGAGGAGGACACCUGGAUCUUGUGGGGACGUAUCGUUAAUGAGUGGGACGAGUGGAGACGAAAGAAGGACAAACUCUUAAAGGAGCUUAUAAGGAAAGGCAUUCCUCAUCAUUUCCGAGCAAUUGUUUGGCAGCUCUUAUGUAAUGCCACUGACAUGCCAGUGAAAAAUCAGUAUUCUGAACUCUUGAAGAUGUCUUCUCCAUGCGAGAAACUCAUACGCAGAGACAUUGCCCGCACGUAUCCCGAACAUGACUUUUUUAAGGGCCAGGACAGUCUGGGACAGGAAGUUCUGUUUAAUGUCAUGAAGGCAUAUUCUCUUGUGGAUCGAGAGGUUGGAUAUUGCCAGGGCAGUGCCUUCAUUGUAGGGUUACUACUAAUGCAGAUGCCAGAGGAGGAGGCUUUCUGUGUGUUUGUUAAACUAAUGCAGGAAUACAGACUUAGGGAGCUGUUUAAGCCCAGCAUGGCUGAGCUGGGUCUGUGCAUCUACCAGUUCGAACACUUGCUACAGGAGCAGUUGCCAGAGUUGAACGUUCAUUUCCGAUCUCAGAGUUUCCACACAUCUAUGUAUGCUUCAUCCUGGUUCCUAACACUUUUCCUCACUUUCCUGCCCCUGCCGAUAGCUACACGUAUAUUUGACAUCUUUAUGUAUGAGGGUUUGGAGAUUAUAUUUCGAGUUGGAAUAGCGAUAUUACAGUACAACCAGACAGACCUCAUACAGUUAGAUAUGGAGGGAAUGUCACAGCACUUUCAGAAGGUGAUUCCCCACCAGUUCGACAGCUGCCUGGAUAAGCUUGUCUUACGGGCCUAUCAGGUCAAAUACAAUCCCAAGAGAAUGAAAAAAUUAGAAAAGGAGUACACCACCAUCAAGAACAAAGAGAUGGAGGAACAGAUUGAGAUUAAGAGACUGCGUACAGAAAACAGACUAUUGAAACAGAGGAUUGAAACGCUGGAGAAAGAGAGUGCUGCAUUAGCAGACAGGUUGAUUCAGGGUCAGGUGACACGAGCCCAGGAGGCAGAGGAGAACUAUGUUAUUAAGCGUGAACUGGCCGUGGUUCGGCAGCAGUGUUCUUCCACCAGCGAGAGUCUGGAGAAGGCACAGGACACCAUAAGAGAACUUCAGCAACACAAGUACACAGAGCAGUUUGUAAGUGGACUUCAGACUCAGUUGGAACAGUCUCGGCUGCAGGAGGCAGAACUACUCGGUGCUCUGAAAGAAAUGCAGGACAAAGUUCUCGACCUGGAGAAGAGGAACAACUCUCUGCCUGAUGAAAUUAAUGUAGCUCAGCUUCAGGAUGAGCUGAAACUUGUGAAACUGAGAGAGCAGGAGACUCUACGCUCCUUCAGAGAGAUGCAGGAGGCCGUUACUGACCUCAACCACUGCUGGCAGCAUCAUACAUCCCGUGCAGGAGGAGGUCAUUGGAAGGAGUCCCCUAAGAAGAAUGCAUUGAAUGAGCUACAGGAUAAACUAAUGGGCAUGAGGCUGCGAGAAGCUCAGACUCAAGCUGAACUUAAAGAGGUCAAACUUAAAAACCUACAGCUGGAAAGCCAGAACCAGAUCAACUGUAAAUUAGUAAGUAGACAUGAACAGGAGUGCGCCGCCCUGCAGGAGAGACUGCAGAAUUCUCUUUCUCACAGCAAAACACUACAAAGCCAAGUCAAUGAAAUGAAGAGAAAGCAGGCCGAGUCUGACUGCAAGAGCAAGGAAGAAGUGAUGGCCGUACGUCUAAGAGAAGCUGACAGUAUGGCAGCAGUGGCUGAACUCCGGCAGAAGAUAGCCGAGCUUGAAAUACAGAAAGAGGAAGGACUGAUCCAAGGCCAGCUGAACCACUCAGACUCUACGCAGUAUAUAACGCAACUCAGACAGCAGAUUGCUGAACUCAAGAACGAGAUCAGGCAGCUACGUGGACAGCCGUCCAAGUUCCAGAAUACCAGUGGUGGCGUUUAUCAGGACCUGUGUUUGGCCAGCCCGGCGUCUGCGGAAGGCGAUUAUCCCAGCUCAGACGAGGACCCACUUCACAGUCACCUGCCUGUGAGUGCCCUGUACACACACCACACGUCAUCUCACCUGGACAGCCAAGGCAGCACGGACAGCGAUGGUGAGGAGCGGAUCUCCCACCAAAAUCCCUGCCCAGACCCUCUGCCCAACCAGCAGCAGCUUUACCCGGGCAUGGUGUGUGCUGAAGGACUGGAAAAUUGAGAUUCAUUAAAAUGGUGGCCGGAAGAAGGAUGUAAACGUACAGAAACAGACAAGAACAGGCCGCACAGUGCACGCAUGCAUAGCGUGCGAGAGAGAAAGAGAGAGAGAUACAUUUACACGAACGCUGUCAGAGGUACGGCAGGAAACUGAUGCAUAGCGCCACACUCAUAGUACCCUCUCAUCUUUCUCUCUCUCUCUUACCUUUGGUUUUCCUUUAUCAGUAUCAUAUAUAUUCAGUAAUGCACGUGUAACAGGGUCUGAAAUUAACUGAUUCAUGUGUGCCAACCAUGUAGGUCGGAGGAAAAUUUACUAUUUAUUACUUAGCAAGAAUUUUUUUUAAAUAAAGGCCUAUUUAUUAUUUAGUUGCAAUGGGAUUUUAAUUUUUUUUAAUGGCUACUCUAAGCCACAUUUGUGAAGUAUUGUAGGCAACCUACAGUAGAUAAACUUCUGAUGGUACGUUUUUGGACUGAUGUAAAUCUACUUUUAUGUAGUAAACAAUUUCUAUGUCUUUACUAGUCUGACUGACCCUCGCUAAUGCAAGUAACACGUGCAAUUCAAAUUAUCUCUGGAUUUAUGAAAAACAUUUUUCAUGUCGGGCUUUUGUUAAUUUUGGACCCUGUUCAUUUACAUUGCAAACACAGAGGUUAAACUCUGUUUACUUCUCACAGUGCCAAUUAGUUUUUUUUACUUUGUUUUAUUCUUUACAAAGAACAUAUCUAAAAACAUUGUGGCCUUGAAACUACCUCUAAUUUAUCCACACACUCACUUAAAUCCUGUGAGAAGAUGAGUAACUUCGGGAAGCAGGAGAAAGCAGGAUGCACAGUUUCUGGUACCCCUAGUGUGUCAUUGCAACAUCCUAUCUCUGGAUCUGGAUUUUAAGACAUCGCUCUCUUUAUCUGUUGUGUCUUCAGAGGCAAACAACAGAUAUGGUGACAUUCUCAGCCUGGAUGGACGUUCUCCGUUUUGUUUUUUGUCUUGUUCUCAUGUGCACUUUUAAGUUUAUUUUUAAACGCAACAAACACUGCAAUCACUUUAAUGAGAGGUGAUGGCUGAAGGAAAGAAAAUGGAAGAGAUAAAGGAACGAUAUGAACAAACUCUUAUUAUAUUACGUAAUAGAGAUGUUAAUAGUUACAUACAUAGAUGAAUAUUACAAUAGCUCAUUCAUGUAUCUGUGUGUGUGUUUUAUACAAAACCAAGAUGAUCAACAUUUUGAAUGACAGAAAACUUGUCUCAACAUUGCCAAAUGUUAUUUUUAGUUAUUUAUGUUUGUUUCGUAUGAAAACUUCGAAUGAAUGAACUUCGGAGGCCAAAAUAUUUAUUUCAUUUUUUUUUCUUGUGCCAAUUCUGACAAAACAGCACAAAGCUGACGCUACAGGGUCUCCAGAGAAGAUUAGUUUUAAGAAGGGUAAAGAAAAGGAAACGACUGCUGCUAUGACAUAUCUAGUUAGUUAGUUAUUAUAAUUUUUUCAAAAGGUUCACAUGGAUAACCUUUCCCCUAUGUUGAGUAUCUAUAUGCUCGAAACAUUUAUUAAAUACUGUGAAUUAUUAUAAACAUGACCCUUAACAGUAAUGAGCUGCUUGUAUGCAUACAGGAUCUCUGCGAUAUGAAUUUUUAUUGCACGGGUCAGUUAUGCCUAAAUGUAUUAGGAAAGAUACUGUAUUUAUCCUGAUUGUUAACUGUUGACAUGCGAUUUGGGGUAAGAGCUGAUCCUGUACAAAAAAAAAUGCUGGGUUAUUUUCAACUCGGCGUUGGGUCAAAAGGGGACAAACCCAGCCGUUUUUUGGGCUGUACAGCAGAACUUUCUUAAAGGGAUAGUUCACCCAAAAAUGAAAAUUCUGUCAUCAUUUACUCACUCCUGUAUAAUUGUAUAUUUCCCAAGUAUAAAUGUCUUUGUUCUGAUGAAAGCAAAGGAAGACAUUUUGAGAAAGGUCUGUAACAAACGCCCCAUUCACUCCCAUACUAUUUUUUUAUCCUAAUAUGAAAGUGAAUGGGGCUCAUGAUCAUUUGGUUACAAACAUUUCUCCAAAUAUCUUCCUACGUCUUUAUUAGAACAAAGAAAUUUAGACAGGUUUGUAACAACAUGAGAGUAAGAAAAUUUUCAUUUUUUUAGAACAUUAUAACAAAAUGGCUGCCUGAAAGUUACAUUUUUAACAUUUCUGAAUUCUGUCUUGUUUUUUGGUAUCAUUAUUUCUAUUUAAAGAACAAAAGCUUUGGCUUGCUGGUGUAUUUGACUGAACAACAGCAGGUUUACAUACAUAUAACUACUAAACAGAGUUAAAUAAUAGUUACAUACACAAAGUAAUAGAGUUUGUAUACAAAUGUUUCAUAAUUGCUAGUUUAUUCUUCUUGAUCACGUCUGGACGUUUUAUUGUAAGAUUACAGGACCGUACCAGUACUGUCUUUAAAACCAUGUUUGCCCGACUACACAUGCGUGCGUCGUUGUCAUUGCUUUUUCCCACCACUGCCUCAUGUUGCAAAAGCUCAUCGAUCAUUGAAGUUAUGCGUUUACAUGAUUUCAAAACAUUGCUGACUCUUUCCUCAGAAAAGAGUUGUCGUCUUGAUUCCCACUGGUUAUUAAUAAGAACCAGUUAGAAGCUGUUCACAGUCACAGCUCAGACACUUUUAAAUGUUCAGAGUUUUAAAGAUAAACAUUUACGUGCUGAUUAUCAGAUAAAAAGCCCUUUUAUCAUGUUUAUUGGACAUAUCUGCGUUCGAGUGGUUGUAAAUGCUAGAAGUAGUCGGGGGUUACUGUGUUUUUUUACCGCAGUGCAGUCUUGACUCAGUACUGCAGUACCCAUUUCACUGAUUCUGAUCAUAUCACAUCUCUAAAAAAGUUUUUAACAGCUUGAGAAAACUUAACUGGAAAAUAAACGUGCCCAGUAAUUGGUUUAUUUAUACAUUUCAGGAUCAUUUCGGUUCAAACGAAAGCAUUUGUAGUUUCAGUAGGGCUGUACACUGAUUUAGGACGUGUUUCUGUUGCCCGGUCUGUAACUUUUUUUUUUUAAUCCACAAAACUAUUUCUCAGAGCUAUGUGAAAUACUUCACAACACGAAUUGGUAAAGGAAGUUGUUUUGCGUCUUUGAUUUUCGAGAAGGGCAACUUCUGUGGGUCUCAAUUGUCAAAGGUUUUUGUCUGCAGUGGUUAAAGAAGCACAGUUUUGAUCUUUGUUCCACUUCGAUGAAUCUGGAGGCAAGACACAUUGUUCUUCAAAUGCUCAAAACAAACACUAGUUUAGUAAAAUAUUGAAAAUUGUUCAAGCCUUGCACUUAAAAAUGAUAACCUUUUAGGCCAAGCUGUUGUUUUACCAACAUUGUAGUUCAGAGCUGUUGGAUUUCGAAUUGUCAAAGGAAACUGUGCUCAUAACUUGAUUACUUCACAUGCAACGGUUUUGUGGUGUGAGUUUUAUCUUCUAAAGAAUAUUUACUUAAUAGGAACUCAGAAAAGCCUGUUUUGAAAUUAACUUUGAAUGUGAGUUUGGCAAUUUUUCUUUUUAGCUGAUUUUUUUUUACUUUAUGAAGUUGUUUGACUAAGAACAAAAUGUAAUUUUUAGGGGUGUCUGAUAUGGUCAAACACAUUUCGGUCUCAUAGUGAGGUCCAAUUUGAGCACUAUUAAUAAAUACUGAAUAUUUAUAACCAGUGAAGGACUAAGUAAAAAUAAUGCUAUUAUAGUUACAGUAAUGCAAAUUACAGAACCUAGUGUUAUUACAAGUCUAUCGCGUUUUCCAGCCCAUUCAUUAUUAACAUCUCAGAAAUGCUGUCAGUGUUGGAGUUAAACUGAAUACUUUUUAUAUACUGUCAUGAGUCUUACGUGCACACUUUGUUUUAUUUUUCCAUUUUAUUUUUUUAUAAAACCCUACUGGGUUUGCUGGUAGAUGUGAAUCUACCCUGGUGCCAUUAGAAAUGUGUUCACAAAAACGUCAAUACAGAAAAUACCUAUCAGAGUUUGUGUUUGUGUCUGUGAAUCUGACAUUUUCCUACGGAUCAAAGUCACUUUGAUCAAAAUAGCAUAAUAUCAUACUGUAUCAGAAUAUGUUUCAAUGUUAAAAAUUGUAGUGUACUUAACCAUUACAGCCAGAUUUUUCCCUUUGUUUUUCACAUGUGUGAGGAUUGAUGCAUUAAAUUGGGGAACGUUUUUGUUUUACACGCAUGUGCACACUACAGUAUGGACUUUGUGUAUGCAUUGUGUGUGUAUACAAAAAAGUUUAAAUGUAAAAUGACAGUGGGCUAUAUUUAACAACAUGUUAAAGACCGGAAGUCAACACGCCAAACCUAACAACAGAGGUCAAGAUACUCAUCACAUUACGCUUGCGAGUGUGGCCAUUUUAAAAUGAAUAGCCAGCAAGAGCGUAAGUAAAUGCAGGAGCCCCAUGUAGAGCCCAACAGCUGCCUUACCUCCUUUAACCAGUACUAAACAAAUGUCCCACAUGCCCUUUACACCACAUGUACUCUGUCCUACAAUCUUACCGAUGUGUUAUUAAGAACGACAGUACUAAAGAUUAUAUAAACGGCAAUGUUAUCAAACGAUGAUCCUGUGUUCUGUAUUUGAUGAUAAAAUGUAUUUAAAAAAGAAGAAUAAACAUUUAUGCUCUUCACU